GUUUUUAGCGACAUCUAAUUGUAAAUUUUAUGGAGGAAGAAGUUGAAUGUUUUUUUAUAUAUUUUUUAUUGUAAUUGAUGUUAAAUUAAAUUGUUAACAAUCAAUGGCAUUUCUUUCUCACAAAGCAGUACGAUUGUUUUCGCCAGCGUCUAUAAUAAAUGUUGUUAUAGGUACAAAAAGUCUUGAAAAGAAACUUAUCAUGACAAGUUGCUCGAGACUAGAGAAAGCUUUGGAAAAGCUUCAAAAAAAUCCUUAUUUCGACAAAUAUGCUGAAAAAAUAGCGAAAUAUCAAGAAACAAAGCCAGAAGAAUUCUUGGAACGUGUUGAAAGUCAAGAAAAGAAGCUGCAAGAGAAAAAAGUUCCAAUUCAUGCACCAAAAGGUCGUAUUAAGUCUUUGUGGACAUUGCCAUUUUUGAGAAGAGGAGCACAAUCGUCGUGGAUUCAUGUUAAGAAAAAUAAUUUUUCCCAUCAUGCAAAUAAAAAAUUGUAUAUUACUACUCCUAUAUUUUAUGUCAACGGCGCACCUCAUAUUGGACACCUUUACAGUGCAGUUCUAGCAGAUACUGUAGCUAGAUUCAAUUCUAUGUUAGGACAUUCCGUGUACCUGUGCACAGGUACAGAUGAACAUGGCACAAAAGUUCAAAAAGCUGCAGGGGCAGCGAAUUUACCUACUAUUGAAUACUGUAAUCAAAUUUCACGCCAGUUUCUAGAAAUGUGUGAUAUGUUUCAAGUAAAAUAUUCAGAUUUUAUUAGAACAACUGAGAAGCGACAUGAAAAAGCAGUUCAUCAUUUUUGGAAUUGUUUAGAAAAUAAUGGACAUAUCUAUUUAGGAAAAUAUGCUGGAUGGUACAACGAAACGGAAGAAGCAUUUGUCCCGGAUAAGGAAGUAGUGAAAGAGGAUUCUACAACUAACAAUACUACAGAAGCGCGUACAGAAUCUGGAGAUACUGUAGAAUGGAUGGAAGAGGAUUCUUAUAAAUUUCGGCUUACUUCCUUCAAAGAUGACUUAAUAUAUUGGUUGAAAAAUGAAAACGUAGUACAACCGGCAGUACAUCGCAACGUGUUAAAUUCUUAUCUCGAUGAUCUGCAAGAUUUAAGUAUUUCCAGGCCUAUCAAAAGAGUGCCCUGGGCGAUUCCUACUCCUGCUGAUAAAUCGCAAACGAUAUACGUAUGGUUUGAUGCAUUAGUAAACUAUUUAACUUCGGUAGGAUAUCCAGACGAUUCGUUUAAAGAAUCUUGGCCUCCAACUAUCCAGAUAAUAGGGAAAGAUAUACUAAAAUUUCAUGGCAUUUAUUGGCCAGCAUUUCUAAUGGCUGCUGGUCUUGAACCACCGAAACAGCUUUUGUGUCAUGGACAUUGGACUGUUGAUAAAUAUAAAAUGUCCAAAUCUAAAGGAAACGUGAUCUCACCUUUCGCAGUUGCAAAUGAUGUUACAUACGACGGUUUAAGAUAUUUUCUUAUGAGACAAGGGGUAGUAGAUACAAAUUCGAAUUAUAAUUCCUUAAAAGUUCCAGAAUUAAUAAACGCUGAUCUUGCCGAUACGUUUGGUAACUUGGUUAACCGAUGUUUCGGUAAAUCUAUCAAUCCAAAAGGGAUAAUACCAGACCCAGUCGAAUGCAUAAAUAUCCUCAAGUCUGACAUAGCUCUUAAAAACAUAAAAGCUUUAGAAGAAGUAAGCGAGAAAGCUGGGAAAUUUUAUCAAGUGUAUCAUGUACAUCACGUAAUAGAGAGUACUAUGGAAGUGUUGCAUCUUGCUAAUCAAAUGUUAAAUCAUCACAAACCAUGGGUCUUAAAUAAGUCUAAGGACCUUAACUCGGCCAAAGAACAAGAAGCUGUGAUAGCUUUAGCUUUAGAAAGUGUACGAGUGGCUGCUUUAAUAUUAUAUCCAAUUAUACCAAACUUAGCUUCCAAUCUACUUGAUUUUCUUCAAAUUCCAAUAGAGAAUCGUACUUGGGAAGAUACAAAACCGUUGAAUUUGAGAAGUUCUCUGAACGGAGAGAAACACGUGUCAAGAGAUGUAUUGUUUUUUAAGAAAAUAAAGAUUUGAAGAAUGUA